UGUACGUAUAUAAAGCUGAGAGCUCACUGUGCUGAAGCAGAACACAGCAGCCAAGGCUACACUAAGAGAAGUAACCACAGCAACAACUACCAACUCUCCCUGAAGAUGUUGAGCCUGCAUGGAUUCCAGCCCUCCCUCACUCCUUUUGGGGACUUCUGCUGGCCCGUGCGCAGUCUCUGGCCACAGGUCCGACCCCUGGACAUCCACAGACAUCUCAUGCUGAGGAACAUGGAGGAGAUGAGGAGCAGUUUGGAACUCCUUCACAAUCUUCAGACUCAGAUAUUCCAAGAAGCCGACCAAAUCUCUACCUCAGAGGACAAUAGUUUAAUUCAGUGUCAACUAGAGAAGAAAGGCGAUGGUUUCGCUCUGACAUUGGACACCAAAGACUUUUCUCCUGAAGAGCUGUCAGUCAAGCAGGUGGGCAACAAGCUACAAGUGAGUGGCAAGUCUGAGAAGAGACAAGAAGAUGGAAAAGGCUCCUACUCGUACAGGGUCAAGGCCUUCAGGAGGGAGAUUGAUCUGCCAGAGGGGGUGAAUCCUGAGGCUGUGACCUGCUCUUUAGCUGAGGGGAAGCUUCACAUUCAAGCACCUGGACAUCAGACACCUGCCAUCUCUGAGAGGGUUGUGCCCAUCAACUGCAAGACAGCAGAAUCCACAGAACAGUCUGAGGAGAUGACAAAAGGGGACAAUGCCACAGAUGCAGAUGGGAAGCAAGAACAAUGCUGAAAAAGACCCGGCAGUUCCCCUUAACUCACAAAGCUGGACUUUGGAAAAAAUAUUAUGUUUCUGAAAUUCUUCAAGGCCAAAUAUGAUUCUUUUGUAUAACAUUGUUUUGUAUUGUUACUUUGAGAUGACAAUUAAAUAUGUGACUGAAACUCACUGACAUGAUUUGCACAUGUUUUGUUAUUCCUUUUCAAACAUUUAGAAUGUUAACUUCAACCAUCAUUUAUUCUGAGAGGAAGAGAAAGAUAUGCAAUAAAAAUGAGAUCCAUCACACGUUAUGCCUGGAGAGGGAAGACAGAAAUUAUCAUUGUUUUUUUUUUAAAGGCUUCAAACAAUCCAAGUCAGGAUUAGUCAUGUCAUGAUUUUAAAAGACUAUUCUACGCUGGCAUGUCAAACUCUGGCCCGGGGGCCAAAUUUGGCCCGCAGAGCCAUUUUAUUUGGUCCGCGAGAUC